GACACGGAUAGAAAAUUCUUGAAGCCUCUCGCCUCAUCUGCCGGUGUACCGCAUGCUGCUGUGCUCAGCUUCAUGGAACAAGAACAAGGGUGGACCAACGACAGCCGCUGAGUGAAAUCCUAACCCUGUAGCUGCUAGGUUCUCAUUUUACGCAGAACUGUACCGCUGCCCUUCUCGGUGUAUUUGUUCUCCACAACACUAUCCCGUUAGCUUGUUUGAAGAUGUCAGUUGUUGGAUUCGACGUGGGCUAUUUGAACUGCUAUGUAGCAGUAGCCCGUGCCGGUGGGAUCGAAACUGUCGCCAAUGAAUACAGCGACCGAUGUACACCAGCAUGCGUUUCUUUUGGACCACGGAAUCGAUCAAUUGGUGCAGCUGCAAAAAGCCAGGUUGUCACAAACUGCAAGAACACGGUGCAAGGCUUCAAGAGAUUUCAUGGACGAGCGCUCUCGGAUCCAUACGUGCAGCGCCUAAAACCCAGCCUGGUCUACGAUGUUGCACAAAUGCCCACAGGGACUACUGGAAUCAAGGUCAUGUAUAUGGAGGAGGAAAAGGUGUUCAGCAUUGAACAGGUUACUGCGAUGCUUCUCACCAAGCUGAAGGAGACCGCAGAAAGUGCACUGAAGAAGCCCGUUGCUGACUGCGUUGUCUCGGUCCCCUGCUACUUCACUGACUCUGAGAGGCGAUCGGUGGUUGAUGCUGCACAGAUUGCAGGACUCAACUGCUUGAGGCUAAUGAAUGAGACAACUGCUGUGGCUCUGGCAUAUGGCAUCUAUAAGCAGGAUCUACCUGCUCCGGAAGAGAAGGCCAGGAAUGUGGUUUUUGUGGACCUGGGCCAUUGUGGGUACCAGACAUCAGUAUGCGCAUUCAACAAGGGCAAACUUAAGGUUCUCGCCACAGCCUGUGAUCCCGACCUGGGAGGCAAGGAUUUUGAUGGGGUAUUAGUCAAGCACUUCUGUGAGGAAUUUGGCAAGAAGUACAAGCUGGAUGUGAAGUCAAAGCCCCGGGCUCUGGUCAGGCUCUACAUGGAGUGUGAGAAACUGAAAAAGCUCAUGAGCGCCAACUCCUCCGACCUGCCUCUGAACAUCGAAUGCUUCAUGAAUGACAUAGACGUGUCGGCAAAGCUCAACAGGGGUAAGUUUGAAGAGAUGAGCGCCGACCUUUUUGGCAAAGUGGAGCCUCCCCUGCAGAGUCUUCUGGAACAAUCCAAACUUAAAAAGGACGACAUCUAUGCAGUAGAGAUUGUGGGCGGGGCUUCCAGGAUCCCAGCCGUCAAAGAGAGAAUCAGCAAAUUCUUCGGGAAGGAAUUGAACACUACGCUGAAUGCUGACGAAGCAGUGGCCAGAGGAGCUGCUCUGCAGUGCGCAAUCCUGUCACCCGCCUUCAAAGUGCGCGAGUUCUCCAUCACCGACGCUGUUCCAUAUCCUAUCUCCUUGAAGUGGCAUUCUGCCGCUGAGGAAGGUGUCAGUGAUUGCGAGGUGUUUCCCGUGAACCACCCAGCACCUUUCUCCAAAGUGUUGACGUUCUACCGCAAAGAGCCUUUCUCUCUGGAGGCGUACUACAACAACCCCAAUGCGUUGCCCUACCCUGACCCGACCAUCGGUCAAUUUCUGAUUCAAAAGGUUGUUCCUCAAGCUUCCGGCGAGAGCUCCAAGGUGAAAGUGAAGGUCCGAGUCAACAUCCACGGAAUCUUCAGUGUGUCCAGUGCCUCCCUGGUCGAGGUGAUCAAGUCAGAUGAGGCAGAAGUACCCAUGGAGACGGAGCAGGUCAAUGACAAAGAUGGGGAGAACAAGAUGCAAACUGACCAGGAGGAGCUGCAGGAUGAGGGAGAUGGUCAGAAAGAACAAGAAGAGAAGACGCCACGAGAGAAUGAGGAGAUGGAGACUACCACAGAAGAGGGCAAAGGUGAGAAGAAGUCUGACCAGCCACCACAAGCAAAAAAGCCCAAAGUCAAAACCAAAGUCUUGGAUCUUCCCAUUGAAAACAGCCCACAGUGGCAACUAGCAGACGACAUGCUGAAUCUUUUUGUGGAAAACGAGGGUAAGAUGAUCAUGCAGGACAAACUGGAGAAGGAGAGGAAUGAUGCCAAGAAUUACGUGGAAGAGUAUGUGUAUGAGAUGAGGGACAAACUGCAAGGCAUGCUGGAGAAGUUUGUGAGCGAAGCUGAAAGGGAUGCCUUAUCAUCAAAGUUGAUGGAUACUGAGAACUGGCUGUAUGAGGAUGGAGAGGACCAACCCAAGCAGAUGUACAUUGACAGGCUGGCAGACUUAAAGAAACUGGGCCAGCCUAUUCAGGAGCGCUACACAGAGGCCGAGGAGAGGCCUAAAGCGUUUGACGAGUUGGGGAAACAAAUCCAACAGUACAUGAAAUUUGUUGAUGCGUGUAAAAUGAAAGAGGAGCAGUACGACCACAUAGAUGAAGCCGACGUCACCAAAGUGGACAAGCUGGCCACUGAAGCCAUGAUGUGGAUGAACAGUGCCAUGAACCAGCAAAGCAAGCAGAGCUUGAUGAUGGAUCCCACUGUAAGAGUUAAGGAAAUUCAAGAAAAAACCAGGGAGCUAUUCUCUGCCUGUAACGCUACCGUGACCAAGCCCAAGCCAAAGGUGGAGCUGCCUAAAGAGGACACACCAGCGGAACAGAACGGGCCCAUGAACGGACAGGAGAAGGCUCAGGAAGAAAGUGCAGACAAGGGAAUGGGCGAAAACACGGGCAACGCCGCCUCGGAAACGGAAAACAAGCCGGAGAUGGACCUUGACUGAAGCGGCAUCAGAGCUCCCAAUUUUGGGAGCUGGUCGAUUGAGAUUGAGUUGCUGUCUUGCGUGUGUUAUCAGUGCAGGUGGAAUGUUUCAGGAAAUGCACUUAUGUCAACAGCAGGCAGAGUUUUUAGCACACUAAUCCCAGCUGCGGGUGGUGGCUCUGUCUGAUGCCGUGGCAUCCAUCUCUCUUUAUUUCCCCCCUCGAUGACAUCAUUCUGAAGCCAGCUGCAAUAAGCCUGUUUGACGAGCGCCAUCAUGAUGGUAUUUAUUUCUGUUCUGUGCUCCAUGUUCUGGUCUGUCACAAUAUGACUUUAAUAAAGGUAUUGGAAAUCA